GGCGUUUAUUCGUUCAAAUAAUUGCUUCGUCACUUGUAAAAAUUAAAAUUUUUAUAUUUUAAUAAUUUUAAUUAAUUGCUUGUAAAAAUCCUGCAAAUAUGCGGGAGCAUAAACUCUUAAUAUUAAUUUUUUAUUUCAAUUUAUUUGUGUGCUUCAAUUUUGUGGAGCAAAAUGUGGAAGCUUUUUCCGUGAAUCACAUGGCCUGGCGUUCUGCCAGUGAACAGGAAGAACCAACUUUACCAAUUGAGGAAAAGAUUAUGCUGGAAGAGGAAGAACAAAACAAUGGUAAUGACAAAACACCAACCUCAAGUCUAUUGGGAAAGUGCGAUCCUUGCCCGGAGAGCAUAGUUUGCGUGCCACAAAUACAAUGUCCAGCACAUGUACGUAUGAAGGAUCAUGAAAAGCCACAAAUUUGUGAUUUGCCUGGAGGAACAUUUGGUUUUUGCUGUGUGACUGGACAAAAUCAUACAGGUAUCAACACGGAUAAGGCACGAAUGCCAUCCUCAACAUUUCUACCCUUAAGCAUUGUUGAGGAAGCACGUUUGAAACUAGGACAACUGAUGCACCACGUUGCAAUGUUACCAGUUCAGCAAGGCCAUCCAGACUUUUUCCAUGGCAUUGCUUUUCACUCAACGCCUAAGGAAGACAUACAAAAUUUUCAUCUGAGUAACUCUGCCAUGCAACAAGUCAUUACCAGCCAAAUAUUCACUCAAAAAGAACAAAUACCUAUCGAUGAUAUUAUUACGAAUAACUUGCACGUUGAUUUCAAAGAUACGCCCUUAGCGCAUCAUUGUGCGCCACCACAUCAUUGCAGAAAUCCAAGAGCACGUUACCGUAGUUUCGAUGGUUCCUGUAAUAAUCCUUUGUCAGAUCGUUCGCUUUGGGGUGCUGCCGGCCAGCCGAUGGAGCGCUUACUGCCACCGGCGUAUGAGGAUGGUAUAUGGACGCCGCGUAUGCAUUCGGUGGACGGUAAGCCAUUGUUGGGUGCACGUGAAACUUCUCGCAAGCUAAUUGCCGACGUUAACAGACCACAUCCGAAGCAUAACUUAUUGGUAAUGCAGUUUGGACAAUUUAUAGCACAUGAUGUCUCGCAAACUGCUUCAGUGAGAUGGGAAAAUGGAGAUUUAGUGCAAUGUUGUUCACCAGACGGACUCCACAUGUUGCCAAAAGAAAAUCGUCACUUUGCUUGCCUACCUAUUGAUGUGUCACCGGAUGAUGAGUUCUACAGUACCUUUAAUGUUCGCUGCAUGAAUUUCGUCCGCCUCUCACUAUAUCCGCAUGAGGAUUGUAAGAUGCGUUAUGGCAAACAGCGUAGUAAGGUUACACACUUUUUGGAUGCUUCACCGGUUUAUGGAUCAAGUAUGGAAACUGCGCAGGAUUUACGAGUUUUUCAAGGCGGUAGGUUGCGUAUGCUGCACGACUUUGGACGUGAUUUGUUGCCCUUAACGAAUGAUAAGAAAACCUGUGGAAGUGAAAGUGCAGACCAAUCCUGUUUUAAGUCAGGUGACGGUCGCACGAACCAGAUUAUUUCUCUCAUAACAACACAUAUACUCUUUGCUCGUGAGCAUAAUCGCAUAGCUGGCAUUUUGCAUCGCAUGAAUCCUCAACACUCUGACGAGCAAAUAUUCCAGGAAGCACGUCGAAUUCUUAUAGCUGAGCUUCAACACAUAAUUUAUAACGAAUAUUUACCCAUUGUAGUGGGUGCAAUGCAAAUGAAACGCUUCCGUUUGGUGCCUCUACAUCAUGGUUACUCUAGUGAAUACAGUGAUAGGAUCAAUCCAGCCAUAACUAAUGAGUUUUCUGGUGCUGCUUUUCGCAUGGGCCAUUCGAGUGUUGAUGGUAAAUUCCAUUUACAUCACCAAAACAAUGUUGAUGAAGUCAUCAAUAUACCGGAUGUGAUGUUCAAUCCUUCGCGUAUGCGUAAACGUAGCUUUUACGAUAACAUGUUAAAUACCUUGGUUUUUCAACCCAUGCAAACUGUCGAUACUUCUGUCACCCGUGGUCUAAGCCGUUUCCUCUUUCGUGGACAUAAUCCGUUUGGUAUUGAUUUGGCUGCUAUAAAUAUACAACGUGGCAGAGAUCAGGGAUUGCAUUGUUAUAACGAUUAUUUAGAGUUAAUGGGUCAUAGAAAAUUACGCAGUUUUAAGCAAUUACCUUCAGAUAUUGCGCAAAAAUUAUCCAAAGUAUAUAAUUCGCCAGAUGAUAUUGAUCUCUGGAUUGGCGGUUUGUUAGAAAAAGCAGUACCGGAUGGGAUUGUAGGCAUUACAUUUGCUGAAAUUAUUGCCGAUCAAUUUUCACGUUUCAAGCAUGGCGAUCGCUACUAUUAUGAAUACAACAAACACAUUAAUCCGGGUGCUUUUAACCUAGAUCAGUUACAUGAAAUUCGCAAAGUAACCAUGGCCCGUCUUAUCUGUGAUAAUUCGGAUCAUUUAACUUUAACAGAAGUGCCGCCAGCAGCGUUUGUGCGUGCUGACUUUCCGGGCAAUCAACCAGUUCGUUGCAAUAGCCCACAAAUUCCUAUUGUAAACUUGGAAGCUUGGCGUGCUUAGGUUAUCAAUUAAUUAAAAAUUAAAUUAAAAGCGCCUGCAGUUCGAAUUAAUUUUU